AUGGAUCCUUCAAUUAUUACGAACUCAUCAGACAAAGAAUUUCAUACAACAUCAACAAAUGACUCUUGUCUAAAUCCAAAUAAUAAUGUCUGCAUCAAACUCGGUCCAUCGAAAACUCCUGAUAAUCAAUCGACAAUUAUUAUUGAUUCAUUAUCAAAUAAUGAUAAUUUAACUGUUACACCAGCAUUUCCAAAUUUUCCAACAGAUACAAAAGUUAUUAUCGAACCAGAAUCGACUAUACGUCCAGAAUCAUCUAACAAUGCUUCAAUACAUGAUAUUAAUUCCAACUCAUUACCAACAACCACAAAUACUUCUCGUCCAUCACAACAAACACUACAAAUACUUGAUGAACUCAAAUAUUUACUUAAACCAACAAAUUCAUUAGCUAGACCUGAAGCAGUUGUACAAGAAUCGCAAGAAGCCGAUUCAGCUAUAAAACGUCGAACAGUUCAAUUUGAUGACGAUAUAUUGAGUGAUGCCGACAGACUAUUAUAUGAAGGUUUAACACCAGAUGAAGCAAAAUCACUUGGUGCAGCAGAACGUCGUUCAAUUGCAGCACGUGGACAACGUGCAUCGAAUAUUUCACGUAUUUCUGUGCGAUCUCGUUCUGAAAUAUCACCAACUAUCAAAGUUGAUCAACCUAAACAUCGUACUAUGUUUAAUCAUCUUUCAGGUAUAUUUUGGGCGUUUGUUGCAGCUUAUGCUUUUAGUAUUAUCUUAUUUCUAAUUAAAUUUUGUGAAAUUGAUCUUAUCUUUGGUUUUUUCCUGCAAAUGUUUGUUCAAUUAAUAGCAUUUGGUAUCUAUGCUUUCUAUAAAGGCUAUAAUCUAUUAGAACCAAAUGAACAUCGAAUUGCAAUUAUUGUUCGUGCUUUAUUAAUUGGUAUUGGUACACUUACAUUGUUUCUUGCUUAUUAUUAUAUAACAUUACCUGAUAUUUCGGCUAUCCGACAAACUCAAAUAAUGUUUACUAUAAUUCUUUCAAUAUUUUUUCUUCAUGGACGUAUUACUAUAUCACGUAUUAUUGCUUGUAUUUUGAUAAUUAUUGCUAUAAUACUUCUUAUGCGACCAAGAAUAUUUGGAAGAUUAUUUUCUUCAGUAUUUAAUUCAACUGAACAUAAAACUUCUUGGAUUCCAUAUUCAUCAUCAUGGAACUCUAUUAUUGGUAUUAGUCUUGCUCUUUGUACGGCCAUUUCUUAUAGUAUUGCAUCAAUAAUGAAUAAAAUAUAUUUUAGUACUGAACAAUUACAUAAUACUGUUUUAUGUUUUUGGUCAGCAUUAUCAUCACUAAUUAUAUCAAGUAUUCUUCUGUUUGUUACUCAUUUUGUUAUAAAAGAUGCUCGAUCAUUUCCUCAUGAUUGGAGGCUAUUUGUUGGUAUUGCACUUGCAAUAGCAUCGAUUUUUGUUUUUAUUGCUAAUCAAAAAGCAAUCAAACGUGAACGUUCUUCCAUAGUAACAUUAAUCUAUUCAACAGAUAUUGUACUUGCAUUAAUCUUACAAAAUAUAUUCACACAAACUAAAAGUACUGCAAUCGUUGUUUUAGGUUGUAUAUUGAUCUUAGCCUCUGUUUUGAUCAUCUGUAUAGAAGUUUUAUUAAAAGAAAAGCAGAACGAUACAUUGGUGAUUAAAGAAACUCAAGUAGCAAAUAUAAAUGAAGGCGAUAAUAAUUUACAGAUGCUGUCAAGUUUUAAGCCAAAGCAAAGACGUUUAUCUAUUUAA